AAAAUUAAGUUACAAGUUCAACUCUUAACAGGACAACGGAUCUGAACAAUUAAAAAUGAAAACUUUCACCCUUGUGUUUUUGUGCAUUGGGGUUUUUGUCUUAGCCGUCAAUAGCCAAGAAUGUGAGAAUGAAGGAAGACGGUGUGAUCGGAAUCGUCGAUGCUGCGAAGGAUUACGAUGUAAUAGAGACAGAUGUGAAAGACGAGGUGGUGGCGGUGGGGAUGAUUGUAGACGAGACGGACAACGGUGCCGUGACAAUCGAGAAUGCUGCGAAGGACUUCGAUGUAAUAGAGAAAGAUGUGAAAGACGAGGUGGUGGUGGUGGGGAUGAUUGUAGACGAGAUGGACAACGAUGCCGUGACAAUCGCGAAUGCUGCGAAGGACUUCGAUGUAAUAGAGACAGAUGUGAAAGACGAGGUGGUGGCGGUGGGGAUGAUUGUAGACGAGACGGACAACGAUGCCGUGAAAAUCGUGAAUGCUGCGAGGGACUACGAUGCAAUAGAGAAAGAUGUGAAAGACGAGGUGGUGGCGGCGGUGACGAUUGCCAACGAGAAGGACAACGAUGUCGCGAUAAUCGUGAAUGCUGUGACAGACUUCGUUGCAACAGAGAUAGAUGUGAAAGACGAAGAGAUUAACAAAAUUUAUUCCAAUUCUACUUCAUCUGUAAUUGAACAGAAAAUUAUUAAGGACGAGAAUGGACCAGAAAAAUUAACAUUUAAUUUCCAAAUUUUAAGUUUUCAAAAAUAUAUCUAAAAAUAUAUCUAAUAAAAUAAAAAUGUGCAAUAAAUUUCAUUCUUAUUGAAAUUUAAAUAUAUGUAAACUGAAUA